AUCCGUUCGAGGCUGAUCCUCCAAAAUCGGAACUUGGUGCCAUGGCCACCAUCCAGGAUGAGCUUUUUCGACAUCCGCAGGUUCAAGCCUCCCUCCGCAAUGCUGGUGAGAAGGCCCUGAAUGAUCCACAAGUGCAAAGCGCUCUGGUCCAAGCUGCCCAGGAGCAUGGGCCAGAGUUGGCCGCUUUAGUGAGAGACCAGGUCAGCACUUGGGCUACGGACCCAGAGGUGCAGAAACGUGCCAAGCACUAUGCGAGCGAGGCCGCCAAGGCUGCGGGCCAGGUGAUUUCAAGAGCUGGACAGAUGUUUGCUGAUCAGAUUGCCCAGGGCCCUGCGGGGCUGCGGGUCUUGGCUUUUUGCGCUGGUGGCACCUCAUUGGCGUGCUGUGUGCUGGAGAUGCUCCACGUGGAAAGUGUUUUAAUGGGCCCUUCAAGAUAUAUCCUGAGUGGCUUCCAGGGCAUUUUCGCCGUCAGGACGAUGCUCUUUGAGAUGCCAGCGGAUUGGGUGGCCAUGGUGCCAGGGGUCACUCACUAUCAGGAUUUGAUCAUGGACGAGGCACGCUUCAUGACUCGCGCUGGAGGCCGUGGUCUUUUCUACAUCUUCCAGGGUGCGAUUUGGGCAUGUUUCGCCUCCUUGCUCUCUGUGGUACACCUGGCAGCAGCUGCUGCCAUGCUCCUGGUGGGCACGCUCCAUGUGUUGAUGCAGUUUGGUAUCAUGCCACAAAAUGUGGCGCAAAAGAUACGGGAGAAGACCGGCUACGACCCCGUGCCGCAGCACGAGUAGGAGAGUGGACCGAGAGUGGACCGAGAGUGGACCGGUCAUAUCCAUUGGAAAUGGCCAAUAGCUACGUUCGGUUCGCGCCCGAUCCCUCCGUUCGAAGCGGUGCCCUUUGUUACUAGUAGCUUCUUGUUGCUAGUAGUAAGGCCAGGAGCUACUAGUAGCGUCCUUGCUCCUAUCAGGUUUGUCUCAAUUCCUUGUGACAUGGGAGUGGCAUUUCAACCAAAUGUUCCAAGAUAUCACAUACUUGAGUCCAGUGCGGCCUGAGACACUUGCUGAGCUCUUUGCAAGAUUUGUUUUUCUUGCCAAGCACAGCGUGGCCCAAUGGUGCCACCCUGAAUUUUUUUUUCUUGAGAUUUGCAUCACGUUUGUGGCCGACUUCUGCCAAUUCAGUUUGCACGUGGCAUCACGUGGCAAUGUCACACCCACAGAGACGCUAUCUCACGAUUUGUCUCUUUAGACAAUUGGAGCUCUGGCAAAUCUCAGAAUCUGUAAAUGGAUA